UUCCUACUCAAAGCGGAAUCGGAAAACAGUACAGCCUGCGCUCACGCUAUAGUCAACGUUACGUUAAUUCAGCCGCAAGCAGAAGGGAAAGAUCACCAGGUUUUGUUAUACUUCAAAAGGAGCGUCUUCAAAGUCCAACACGUCUGCAGCAGAACUAUAAGAAGGAUUCCGCCUCUCGAAAUUCCGAAAGCUAUUAUAUGAAGCGCCUGCAGCAAAUCGAGAGUUUAAGCUCGGCCUAUGAGACCACCCAUCAAGUAAUCAUCUGCACCGAGGGAUAUGUCAAAACGGACUAUCACGCCAAGAAGAUCGCCGUCAGUUUUGAGGAUCUGUACAUGGAAACCUAUUGCCUUGUAGCUGAAGGCCAACGAAUAAAGUUCCCAGUGACGCCGUCCUCAGCCUCUGCACCAACCGCCGUGUCGACGGUUGCCGACGCACGUGUCCACAUGCCAAAACUGAAACUGCCCAAGUUUAGCGGAAACUGCGUGGACUGGCCAGGAUAUUAUGACGCCUUCACUCGGUUAAUUCAUCAAAAUAAGCGGCUGGACAAUAUUCAACGGUUUCAUUUCCUCAAGGAAUCUCUGCCAGCUGGUCGAGAUUUCGAUAUUCGUCAAAUUCCUUUGACGGCCGCUUACUAUACGGUAGCACGGGACACACUAAUUCAGCGCUAUAACAUUCCACGCGUGGUCUUCUCCAAUCACAAGAACAUGUUGUACCAGUUGCCAAGCUUAAGCAAGGAGAAGCCCGAUGAUAUUCGAUCUAUGAUCAGUGCAGUCAACGUCUGCGCAGCCGCCUGUAACACCAUCAACGCGUCGUCGCAGGACGGGGAUCACUGGGUCGCCCAUUAUUUGACUGCAAAAUUACCGAAGGAAUAGCACUCCGCCU